AACCUUUGCUCUGUUUCUGCUGGAUUCUUCAGAUAUAUACGGAAGUUACUAAUUCAAUCACUUCAGUUAAAAAUAGACGAAUCAAGUCUCCCGUUAAUGGAGAUAAUUGGAUCAGGCAUGAUCCUUGUCUACUUAACAUCAAAUAAAUGA